AUGCGCGAGGCCGAGGACGACGCCGCCGUCGCGCGACUUCGGCGCGAGUUCCCGCGCGCGACGCUCGCGAUGCGACGCGACGGCGACGACGACGACGCGCGGACGACGGUGACGUGCGAGGAGACGUCGCACGCGGUGUCGUGGACGGGCGAGACGCGCGAGGUCGGGGAGCGAGCGAUGCGCGCUCACCUGGGCGGGAAAAAAUUCGCGAAGGCGACGGCGAGGGCGGCGCGCGAGGCGGAUUUGAAGCAGUACGAACCGCACAUCGUGCCGAGCGCGUACAGGAGUGGAUACGUGUUUUGUAGACUCACGGGAGCGCGCGUGCGGGCGAGCGAGGAGGCGGUGGUGAGACACGCGAGCGGACGGCGGUUCGAACGAGCGCACGCGGCGGCGGCGGCGGGACGGACGACGCCGUUGGAGGAGAAGGAUCCGGUCGUCGAGGAAGCGGCGCGCGAGGCGGAUCGAGAGGCGCAACUCGCGCGGGCGAGUGUGAAUAAGGCGGCGAAGGAGGCGCGCGCGGAGAAGAUGCAGAUGGAGAAGGAGGCGAAGAAAUCGGAGAAGGAGGCGGCUCGCAGACGCAAGCGCGAAGCCGGCGGCUUCGACGACGAGAUGGGGUGCUGGGUGCCGCCGAGUCACGUUAUCGACAGCGAAGACGACGACGAGAGCGAAGACGACGACGAGGACGACGAGGACGAGACGCACGGGCAGAAUGAUUUAGAGGAUGACUUUUACGAAGACGCGAGCGAUUCGAGCGACGAAGACGACGACGACUUAGCCGCCAUCGUGGUCGCCCCUGGGUCGAGAAAGCGCGCUCGCGAGACGACUACAACAACGGCGAAAAAAUAG